CCGCCCGAAUGAAUAAUUUCUGGUCCCAACGGUCAGUGUUCUGCCUCUUCAGAGACAGUUAGGCACUUGCUAAGGUUUGCUCCUUCCUUCCCUUUUAUUCAUAUCCCCUUCCUCCCCCCUGCUCCCCCACAGAAGAAAUGCAAACUAACAACAAUGGAUUCUCUCUUUGCGUCUUUGUCUUUGUCUUCCACCCUGUCCUCUUCUCCCUCUCCCUCUCCCUCUCCCUCUCCCUCUCCCUCUCCGACUCCCCGGACGCUCCCGCCCUCUUGGCCUUCAAGUCGUCUCUCGGCGGCUCUGCCAAUCCAGGUCACAGCCCGCUUUCCAGCUGGGAUAACUCCUCGGGCCCCUGCCUCGGCUCUUGGCUCGGAGUAACCUGCGAUCCAUCCACUCGCCGGGUCACCCGUCUCUUCCUCGAGAACCUUGGCCUCGCUGGCGAUCUCCAUCCUCUGGGAUGGCUCACUGAGCUCCGAAUCCUCAGCCUCAAGAUCAACCGCUUCUCGUCCUUUCCCAUCGACCUUUCGUUAUGGCCUAACCUCAAGCAGCUCCACCUCUCCCACAAUGAGUUUUCCGGGGAGUUCCCGCAUGGGAUAGGCCGCCUUCGACGUCUACGGCGCGUGAACCUCUCGCACAACAACUUCUCCGGCAAGAUUCCACUCAGGGAGUUAUCCCGGCUGCCCCGUCUGCUGACUCUGCGCCUCGAGCAUAACUCGUUUGUAGGAGCUCUCAGCCCGGCCAACCUGUCCACUUCGAUCUCUGAUUUCAAUGUCUCGGACAACCAGCUCACUGGUGAAAUCCCCGCGUGGCUGUCCCGCUUCCCGGCGACGGCUUAUGCUGGCAACAAAGACCUCUGCGGGAAGCCCAUGCCAUGCAACUGCUCGCACCACAAAGAAAUUACUCAACCGGAAGAAAAGCCAUCCGCUGUUUCUGCCCCCAAAAUGCGCCAUUCCAGAGACCGUACGAAGCUGCUAGCAUUCAUAGCAGUUGAUGCAGCUGCAGUGCUCGGAGCAAUCAUGACCAUCACCUGGUGCUGUUGCAAGAAUCGCCGAAACAGCGGCUCAGCCAGCAAGGGAGGGCCUGGUGUGGCUUGGGGGAUCCUUGAUCGGGCCCUAUGGGAUCGCUCUGCCAUUAGCAUAAAAAAUUCGGACUGCCAGGGAGAGAUGGUGGCAUUCGAAGGGUGCAGGGGUUUCCAUCAAGUGGAGGACCUGCUGCAGGCAUCGGCGGAGCUGCUGGGAAAGGGAAAUGUCGGAACCACCUACAAGGUGGUGGUGGAGGGCAGCAAAGGUGCUGCCGGAGGAACAGUGUUGGUGGUGAAGAGGGUGAAGCUGGGACGGUGGCAGGGGGCGAGGCGAAGGAGGGAGAUCAACAAUCGGUUGAAGAUUAUCGGCAAGCUAAGGCACCCGAAUUUGGUGAGCCUCAGGGCAUGCUGUCACUCCAUGGAAGAGCUGCUUCUGGUCUAUGAUUAUCUUCCCAAUGGGAGCUUGUACUCUCUGUUACAUGAGAACCGAGGACCAGGGAGAAUUCCUGUCGAUUGGAGUACGAGGAUGAAGCUAGCUUCUGAUAUAGCAAGAGGCCUCGCUUUCCUCCACCAACACAGCAAGGCCAAGCUCUUCCACGGCCACCUCACAACCUCGAACAUCGUCAUUGAUCACUCAGGAAAUGCCCUCAUCUCCGAUGUGGGGCUCGCCCUCCUCUUCCCAGCUCAACCAUCAAAUGAUCCGAACCAGGCCCCAGAACUCAACCCGAAGGGCCACAUUGGUGAAAGCAACUUUUAUCCUAAGUACACUCAGCAUUUCGAUGUCUCUAGCUUCGGGGUCGUCCUCCUGGAGAUCUUGACAGGGAAAGCAGCCAUGGGGGAGGGAGAGACGAGCCUAGUAAAUUGGGUCAGCCAAGUCUCUGAGAGACGAGGAUCAGGCAAGGACGUGUUUGAUUUUGAAGUGUUUCUGUCAGGGGAGAGAGAGGUGGUGGAGGCAGAGAUGGCAGCCGUUCUGCAGGUAGCCCAGCUGUGCCUGACCUCGGCCCCUGGGGACCGCCCUAAGAUGGGAACCAUCUAUAGAAUGAUCAAAGAUAUAAAAGAAAAUGGAGGAAGUGAAGGCCUUGCUAAUAACGCUUUGGAUGGUCUUUCCUCGGAUUCGUCCCCGGCUAUUUCAGAGAGUGCUUCCUGAUUGAUUCUGAGCUAUGAGCUUAUCGUGGAAUGGAGUUAGUUCAUGAUCCUAUAGCUGAUGUGCAAUCCUCAUUCUAUGUUAUAGAUUAUUCAUGUGUAUAGCCAGAAGGUGAGGCAAUGUUUAGUAUUUUGUAUGACUCCUAGCUUCGACAAUAUUUAUGCUCUUUAUAUGAAAAAAAUAAUGGAUUAACUUCAUGUU